AUGGUUCGGAUUUGUGUUAUGUUGUUUGUUGUAAUCUAGGUUUUGGCUAAGAAACAGAAGGAUUUCUUAUUCGAUUUGAAAUAGGGUAAAUCAGUGUCAGUGGAGUUGCCUGAGAAGUGGGAAAAGGAUUUUAUUAUCAUGUAUGUUCGACCAUAGCAGGAUGAGAAGAAGAGUGACAUUGGUGAGAUCCUAAUAAAAAGCAAAGAUGAGGAGUUUCAGUUGAGCAAAUUUUAUGAGACAGCAUUAUUUACGAUUAAAUCUGAUGACAUCAAUUUAAAAUGCAUUAGUGUUCCAUGUAAGGGCAGAAUUACAGUAAUCAGCAAUGAUGCAAUUGAAUUGAGUAGUAAGAGUACAAAACUGAUCCUAACUCAGAAACAGCCUAUUUUAGUUAUUUCUAUGCAAUUGCCAAGUAAAUAUAGUAGGAUGGUGGGAGAAUUUAAAUUGGAAGAUGAUGAAUCAGACAAAAUAAAUAUAGAUGUAUUUGAAGAGAAGGCUAAACUCUAUGGAGAUGAAGUUUAGUUGACUGUGGCUAUAAACAGAAAGGAUUGUGAGAAAUGCAAAUUAUUGGCUGUAUUAAGUGGAGAUUUGAAUCUUAAAGAGGAAGCAACCAUAAAUGGAUAAUUAUAUUUAUAUAAAGAUGAAGAAGAAAUUGAAAUAAAUUAAGAAGUGUAGGAUUAUUUGUUUGAGAGAGAUGAGAACACUUAUUAAUUGAAAUUACCUCAAUCAUUCAAAAUUCUAUAAAUAGGAAUAUUUGGAGAUAUGUUACCAUUAUUGAAAGUUCACAAGCAGGAUAAUGAGUAUUUUAAUUCACAAGAACCAAUAUAAUUGUAAUAGAGAGGCCAAGCCUUUCAUGUCAUUUUAAGAAGAGAGGAUAUUGUUGGAGAUGAAGUGACUAUCAAUUUGAGUUAAGGGGGUUCAUUGAAAUAUCUGAUGGUUGUGAAACUCAUUGAUGACGUUAUACUGUACAAUAAUCAGUUGGUAUUGUCUAAAAUCUAAGACAAAGGUAAACACAGUUAUUAAUUCAAAACUAUUGAAAGUGAACAGGAAUUUGGAAUUAAAUUAGUAUAUUUUGAAAAAGGGGCUAACUCUUUGAGAAUAGCUGAAUGUUAAGAUGGCUGUUAAUUUAGUGAUGAAGAUAAUCACAAUUUGAGAUUUUACAAACAUGAAUAGAAACCUGCAGUAUAUGUUACACCACAUUGUUAAAAUAAAGAUUAAGAAGGAUUCUGUAGAUUCUAAUUAGAAAUAGCAAGUGAAAAUAAGAAAAUCUAUAUGUUGACUACCCAAAAUGAUAAUAAUCAACGCAUUCUUAAAUCUGAUGUUGCUUAUACCAAUUAUUUGGAAUAGUCAUAGGAGGAACAUCUCAUUCUAAAAUAUCAAAAAUCAGAUGAUGAUGAGGAAUUAGUGUUCACCGUCAAUACUCACAAUAUUGUAUACAUGAUUAGUAGAGACAGCAGUUGUUAUCCUGUUAGAUUGGAAUGUGCAAAACACUUUGGAGGCGUCGAUCAUCUAGUUGUUCUUAGAGGAGAUUAAUUGAAACACACUCAAUAUUAUAUUACUUUAACUGCAAGAGAAACUACAAUCUUUCAAUUUAUGGCCAAAGUCACUAAAUUGAAAGACAUCAAUAUCAAAGUAUUAAGAGAAGAUGAAACAUAUAGAGGAGUAUUGGAAUUGAAAGAUGGCUUAUCAAAAAUCCAUUAUUUUAGAAUCAUGAUUGAUUUCAAUAAAGUGGAUCAGAAUGUAGAAGUAAUUGAUGAAUAAUAGCCCACCAUUGAAUUUGCUAUUCAUUCUUCAAGAUUGCAAGUAGCUUUGACUUUGAGAUAAGGUAAUUAAUUGCCGACUCUCGAAGACUUCGAUUUGAUUGCCUAUAACAACUAUUUGGCUAUCCUACCCCAAGAUAAUUAUUAUUAGAGUUCUGGUAAUUAUACUAUUGGAAUUUUGAAUAUGUUUGAGACAUUCUAAGAUAAGUAAAUCAUGUACACUAUCACUUAUUCCACAAGCAGAACUGUUAAAACACUCCAUGUUGGUUAACAAUUCAUUGAUCUUGCUAAAGGAUUCAAAUCUAAGUACUUUAGUUUCUAUUAUGGUUAAAAUACUACCUUAUUUUAUAUUAGUUUAUAAAGCAAAAACAAUUCAAAAUUAACAUUGACUGUUUAAAAUGAUAUUAAAUCCAAUAAUAAUUCUCAAUUUGCCAAAAGUAAAGAUUCAAGUACACUUAAAUUAUCAUAAUCUGCCCUAAAUAGUUUGUGUUUAAAUGGUCUAACCCAAGAGGAAAAUGAUGAGGAAUCAGGUACAAUGGACAUUUGUUAAGCUUACAUAAUAAUUGAAAAUCACGGAAAUGAAGAUAUCUUAUUUAAUAUCAAUGUUUGGAAUCCCCAAGCUGCCUUAGAGCUUAAAGAUGGAUAGGAAUAUACAUUCAACAUAGAAUACUUGAUGUAAGAAACCUUCCUAUAUUAUAAAGUAAUUUCAACACAAUCUGAUGUUUAAUUACACAUUAAUUCACAUUAUGGAUACACCAGAUAUCAGAUUUAAAUUCUGGAUUCUCAAAAUUUUUAAGAAGCUGAUUCACUUUAUGCCAAAGAAGAAUACAAAACUUAACAUUCUAAAAGUAUACAUUCUGAUGCAUUCCAAUUCUGCAAACCUGAUUGUGUUUUGAAAAUAUUAUUAGAAGCAAAACAACUAGAAUAUUAAAGCGAUAGAGCAAUCAAUUUUGAUGAUACUGUGUAUGUCACAGUUACAUAAUCAUAUAUGGAUCUUAAAAGUGGAUUACCUAUUUAAAUUUCAGUAAGCAAAUUUAAGCCAAGGAAAUUCAUUUUUUCAGAAAUUAAUGAUAUGUCUCCUUAGUCAAAAUUCAAAUUGAUCUUACAUGAAAUUUAUGGCAAAGGAUCAAUUUGUCUCUAAUUCAACGACGAAGAUACCAUUGGUUUCCAUAAAUGUGAAUAUGAGGUAUAAGGCAAUGUUCUAGAAUUGACUUAAGCAGAAAUACAAGAUAAAUUAACUGCGCUUAAUCUUAAUCAUAAUCCGUAUAUAAUAAUUGAAAUUGAUUCUAUAGCUGACCAUAGCAAGUUUUAGUUAUCAUUGGAAAUAUCUAAUGAUAGGAAUAAUCAUAAAUUGAUGAUGGGAGUACCAACAAGAAUUAAAUUAGAUGUUGGAGAAGAAGUCCAUUAUCAAUAUUUUAAUAUCUUAACCGAUGAAGACUUAUACUUUAAAGUUAUUAAGGUUUAAGGUACUUCUGUGAUUGAAAUCUCAAGAUGUCUAGACAAUAUACAAAAGGAAUGCGAAGAAGAAACUAUUAUAAAAGAAUAAUUAUUAGCAGGCCAAUCUUACAAUUAACACAUUAUUCAUAAAAAUGACAAUAAGAAAUAUUGUGAAUUAUGCACAUACAUAAUCAAAAUAAAGAGUGUUGUAACCAUUGUAGAUUUAUUAAUCGUGGUUACUUCCCAAUUUAAUUUUGUGUAAUUACCUUAAAAUAUUGCAUUUACUGAUUUCUUGGAAAAUCAAAAUGAUUACAACAUCUAUCAUUUUUCCUAUAAUACUGAUCAUUAAAUUGAGGUCUAAGUGAAUUAAUACAAUGGCGACACUUAAAUGUGGAUUGGAUACAAUGCUGUGCUCGACUCCUCUAACUACUAAUAUGGGCCAUAUAAUAUUAUUAAAUAACAGAAAUUAAUGAACUCAACUGCAUCGAUUCCAUAUUAUUAAGCUAUCAUUCCUCCAAGGGAACAUUUAGAGGAAACUAAUUAUACUCCUUAUGCAAAUGAAUCUCAUACUUUGGCAGGCCAUUAUAAUGAUGACGAUCUCUAUAUCAUUGUUAAGAAUAACUAACAGAAGCCAUCAAAUUAUUCUAUAUUGGUAACUCAAUCCACAACUGGAAAUGGGUAACUCUUAUAAGAUGGAAUCAUAACAUUUGCUUAUUUAAGUAGAUAAACCCCUGUUAUUACAUUAUAUCAUCAAUAUCGUUAUUUGAGUUAACCAUAAUUAGUGGUUAAAAUGACUCAUUAUAAUAGAGAGAUGUAAAUCUCAGAUUACUUCAGAAUAGAAGUAUCCAAUGAGACAGAUUCAGAGAAUUUCACUCUACUUACACCUCUUUCGAGCAGAUUAAAUUAAUAGAUGUACAUUUUACCAAUUAUGGAAGGACUUUUAACUAUCAAGAUUCAUAGUCUUCUAGAAAUCAAGGGAAAUGAAAAUGCCAAUAUUGAAUACUAAUUUAAUAGAGAAGGAAACGUUGUACCUGUAAGAAAUUAUAAGAUGAAGGAGAGAUACGUUUAUGGAAACAAUUAUUUAAAUAGAAUUGAUUUAUAAAUCAGUAUUGUAGGCAAGGAAGUUUUGUUGAUAGAUGAAAAAUCAAGUCAAAGUGAUUAGAUCUAUAAUUCUUAAUCUAAGUUCUAUGAAUCUUAUAUCCCUUAUGAAGGUAAAUUAGCUAUUUAAGUGUAUAAUUGUUUAGGGGAUUUGAAUGUAUCAUUAACUCAAGAUUACGAUUAAUUCAUUAAGGGGAAAUUUAAUAGUAGUAAGACAACUGUAGAAGGCCAAUUAACAGACAUUAUAGUACCUGUUAUGCCAGGAGCUGUUUACUUUAAAUUUUAGUCUGAGUAGAGUGUUUAUAAGUUCACAACAUAAGUGUACAAGGCAUCAGACUUUGCUCCCUUUGGACAAUUGGUGAUGGGAGGUGAUGGUCAAAUAAACUAUUCAUUUGAGACUUUUGAUUCAGAUUUUAUUACUGUGAAAUUCAAGCCAUUGAAAUGUGUAGGUUGUGAUCUUCAUCAAGAAAUGAAUAGUCUAAUAAAAUAUUCAAUCAGUUGGGGCAGUACUAUCUAGUAUGCUCAUGUGAUAGGUCUAUGUCAAUUUAAUUAGUAUGCAGAAUAUCAUAAGAAUCACACGAAUAAAUUUGAUUAAGUUGACAUUGGUCUAUAUGCACUUAAUCAUACUGAACAAAUAGUCUUUAAUAUUACUGUUGGUAAAUAAUCAAUGCAUUCUGAAUUGUUUGUUGCUAUACGUGCUCAAGUUUUAGUUUUUAACAAUCUCACAAUCCAAGAUUAUGAAUUGUAUUAUCAUGUUGCUUAGAUAGCAAUGCCCAAUCUUUCUCUGUACUGGUAUAAACACAGGUUCUAUGAAUUUAUCAUAGGAGUAGCAAUAGUAUUAACUGUGCUUUUAACAUUGUAAUAAAUCAAUUAAUUAUUAGAUUAUGUGUAUUGUGCAGAAUAUAUAGAAGAAUAAUAAAGUUAAAGUUGGAGAAUCUGAAUUUGUAAUUAGAGAAGAAGAUGGAGGAAGCAAAAGAGAAAGGAAAGAAUUAGACGAAAUAUGAAUCUUUGGAUGAUGAAAAUAAUGAUUAAUCAAAUGUAUGAAAGGAG